AUGCGUUGUCUUGCGAUGACCAAAGAAGACAAUCGCUGUAGACGCAACACAGGACCUGGCAGCCGUCUCUGUUGGCAACACGGAAAAUCCGACGUUAUAAUCCUGGCCGAUGAAGAUGCAUCGACCAACGAUUCGCCUACUGGGGUCAACCACACAUCAAAUGUCGGGGACCUGAUCUCUGGAAUUGAAAGGCUGGGUCUGGAAAACGACUCGCUACAAGUGAUGACGACUCCGACGACUCCCAAGGGGAAUAGCCGUCCCAUCAACGAGGGAACACCCAAUAUGUCUCUCAUUUGGGAUGACGGAGUUUCAAAGCUUGAACUCCAUAUUGGGCAGCGCAGUGCGCGUCUGGAGCCCGCUUCAGGAGAAACGGGCUGGUCAAAAUCGACUGUGGAGACAACACCAUCACCACCACCACCACCACCACCUCGUUCUCGGAAACCGAGAGUAUCUGCAGUGAGCAUUCCAGAAGACCCUCAUAAGGUAUUCUGCGAGACUCCGAGGAAAGAGAUACCCCCAGGGAUCGAUGGAUCUCUGCAUUGGCCCCUGACCCAAAUAAUGGUGCGGCCGGCAGAUACAAAACGCGGAAUCAUUUACGUAUGUAAGGUUAGAUUCGAGAAACAGCAAAGUCUGGAGAAGGGAAUAAUCAAAAUUGGGCGUACAUCCGACAUCAAAGAGCGCUCGACCACUCACUCAAGAGGCUGCUAUCCCGGCGCUCGGCUUCAGUUGAUCGCAUCCUAUCCACAACCAAAGUCGAAGCGAGACUCUCAUCAUCAAAUCCGGAAUUGUGACCAGGUGGAGAAAUUGAUUCACAAGACACUAGAACGGUUUAAAUAUGACGAGUUGUGCGGCUGUGGAAAAAGACACAAGGAGUAUUUCGAAAUACGCUCAGGCGAACUCGGCGACGUUCUAAGGCACGUUGAGAGUUGGGUUUCCUGGAGCGAAGAGAAACUCGGUCUCGUUUAG